GAACUCGUCACUCCGCUUUCUGAAUCCGCCAACGCGCACGUUGUACUUUUUUUGUGGUCUCAAUUUCUGCACACACCUUGGACACUCAUUUCCCUGCAGACACAUACUCUCAUUAUCACGUCCUUUUUUUCAGUCAUCUACAAACCUGGAAGACCAAAACUACCGCAGACAAACUUGAAAACUUGAACUUUCUGGACAGUUUUACUCACAAUAUCUUUUGAGCCCAUAUUUGAGACCAUCGCUUCAAAAGGAGAAUCAUACUUUCAAAGUGACGUCGUCCAGUUAUCACCUUUCCAUCCAACAUUGUUCUGUGUUGAACCGCGGAUGGUUUAAACGACUUCAACACUCACACAUAGUGGAAUCCGAUCUAUAAAAAAAAACAUUCACGUCUCUCCGUUUUCUUUAUUAUUCUAUCCAUAUAAAUAUCAUUUCUCCAAUUUUGAAGAGCAUUUUCGACAAGACAACUCCAUUACAAACUGAACAUUCUGCCGCCAUGGAUUUGUACGCGUGUUUGUGCUCGACCAUCUCUCUUCUGUUCUGUCUCAUCACAAUAGGCGAAUGCUACACGAUGCCCAUAUUUGGUAGAACCCGCCCACCGCAACAGUGUCCAAUCAACAACGACCUCACAUUCCGAGAGUGCAUGCUAGCGUGCCAGUCGUACACAUGCGAGGACGUGCUCAACGAACCACCCUCGGGCUCUUGGCCAUGCAUUCGAAUGUGUGUGAGCGGGUGGGCGUGUCCAAGGGGGGAGGUCCGCCUCGACGGCUACAAGGACGUGUGCACAUCGAGAGACCUGUGCGGAAUAACCGAAACGAGCUGUAACUACAAGAAUGAAGUUGUUCUAGUCAACACCAGUUUCUUUGAUGGCGAUCUGACGUGUCGGUGCUUCGUUGACGGAAUCGUACGAUGUCGAAAUGCUUUCCCCACGGAAUGAAGAAACGGUAUUCAAACUAAACUGAGAUACAACCCAAGAUCACGAUAUACCAUUCCGUCUUUGCUCGAUCAAUGUCUAGACUAUGCGUUUCUGAAGGACCUCGACUUGGAGCUGGACGACGAUCCAGAGCACACGAUGUCCUUGAACAAAAUGGUCGUGGU